AAACCGCAGUGGAAUGCGGCCCGGAUGGCGGCUGACGUCAGAGAGCGGCAGAGCAGGCGGGAGCUUCUCCCUGUGAGCAUCACCUCGUCCCGGGUCAGCAGGCGACGGCACAGCCCGGGUCCCAUGAAGUCUACCUGGAGAUCCUCAUAACCGUUCUACAUUUCCUUUUUUUUUUUUUUUUUUUUUUUUAAGUUUAGUUUUUUUUUUACUUUGCUUGUGGAAGAUGAAGAAUGAAAUCUCCGCAGUUGUGUUUUUUCUUUCAAAGUUGUUGAAGAAUAACAAUAAGUUGGGGAAAGAGGAAAUCGAGAUUUUUUCUGAUGAACUGAGCCGGAUUCUGCAUGACAAGUAUGUCAAUCACUGGUACCCCGAGACUCCUACUAAGGGACAAGCGUACAGAUGUAUCCGCUUAAACAGAUUUCAAGGCGUUGAUCCAGAUUUGCAGAAAGCUUGUUUUAACAGCGGCCUUUUGUAUGAAGAUCUAGGAUUGCCUCGGGAAAUGACGUUGUGGGUGGACCCUUGUGAAGUGUGUUGUAGAUAUGGCGAGAAGAACCCCUCCUUUGUGGUGGCAAGCUUUGAUUGUAAAGAAGAUAAGAUGGAGAUCUCUCGUAAAGUGAAUUACGCCAUGGAGAAGGUCACUUCAGAUUAUCACUCCGGCUCCUCCUCGGACGAUGAAGUCUACGUCCAUAAGAAGAUGCUCUGUGUUGCCGAUCCUUAUCAGGUGCCAGAAUUCCGACCUCAACCAACUCCUUCCUUGAACAAGAAUCCAAAGAAAAAACAAGGCGCCCAUUACCACUACCAGCCCCGUUUUGGUUCCGGUUACCAGCAGGGAAGAAACAAGACUUAUGGCCGCGUCCCAUGGAUGCCACCGCUGCCCGUCAUGCAGGCUGAACAGAACCACUGGCACAGUCUGCAUAUGCUGGGCGCCGGGCACCAGUGCUUAGUCUAAGUGAUCAGUAUCUAUAAUCUGUGUGCAAACUAAUGCUGGACCAAAUCGUACGAGCAGCUUUUUCUAUUAGAAAUGUAUUUUUUUUUUUUUUAUGGUUAUUUAACUAAAAUUUUGCACUUUUGUACAUUUACUAAGUGAGUUCAGAAACACUUUUUUUUGGAUAGAUAGGGUUAAUAGUUAAGUGCCUGUCUUUUUUAAUAUUUAUACAUUCCGACUUGCACAGGAUCAUGUUAAUCAAUUUGCUAUUCUGGACGUUUCAAUACCGAAUGUAUUUAUUUGCAAAUCUCAAUUUGAUAUUUUAUGGGUUAGACUAAUAAAUGAUAUUUUAUUAAUAAUAAUAUAAUAAACAGAGAGAGGAUCAGGUUACAAUGUAAUGAUGAUGGACCGAUGCUACUUGUAAUAAUGCUAUGAAGAGGCUACUAAAAUAAUAAGAAAUAUGAU